GUAGGAAGGUUUUCAGAUCUUCACCAGACACUAUUUCAGAAGAUGAGAGCAGAAGGCAUCAGGCUUCAUGAAGAAUUCUUGAAGGUUAUCCCUUGUAAGUAAUUGAUUCACAUUACGUAUUUGAAAUUCUAAUGAGGUGGCAGUGUAGUAAUGAGGAAGAGGUUGUCAUCAGGUUGUCAUUUAUCUCAAGCAGAAAGCAGUGACUCUGGGUGGAAUUUGUCAAGUCGGUGUGAAGAAAUGCCAGCCCCACUUGUGGCUGGUGCAGCAAGGUUGCAGAUUUUAUGUCUUGUAGUGUAACUUGGGGGAGUCCACAGCAGUGUAAGUGUAGGACUAGGACUAGCUACAAUAAAAGUACUUGUAAAACACUUUGUGAGGGAAAAGUAUUGAAAAUUUGUAUGUUUCAAAAAGGGAACAAUGCUAAACCUGUGUUUUCCAUGAAAAAUAACUUGACAAUGUGCUGAUUAGCAGCUUGUGUCACAGAAUCCAAACUUAACAGGUAACUCCUGGCACUCAAGACUUCUUCAGACCAGGACUUACCUUUUAUGAGACGUUUUAACAUUUUGGAAACACUGGGAAUCCUGAGUAGAGGCUGCUUGAGUCUGUGUGGGUGUUGUCAUCUACACUGUUAUUAUUUUGAAUUUAUCAGCUUAUUCUCAAGGAUGUAGCGCCCUGUCAUGAUACUUGUUUUUCUUUACUACAGGACUGUAAUUGGAAAGGUUUCCAAAACCUUUCUGCAUCAGCCAAACAAGACAAUGGUAUAAAAGAAGUUGGAAUUAAACCACUGUUAGACAAUGACCAUUCCUCUUUCAAGGGAAGGCGAUGGAACAAAACCCUUGCAUGUGCACUAAGGGCUGUGUGCCCAAACCUGUUGACACCAAAGAAGAAUGAAUGUCCUGUGUUCCCAUCACUUUUCCAAAGGAAAAAUGCAUGUGCCCAGUAUUUGCCUGCAGAUGCUGCACCAGGUAUUUACAAGGCACCUAUCACCUUGGUACCUAAGCAGUUUGAGAAAUGCACCCACCCCAGGAGGGAUGAUGAGAUACAGACAGAGGCCCAGGUCCAGAGCAGCAGAGGCAGGGCCUGGGAUGCUCCCCCGCUGUGUUCCCGCUGUUGUUGAGCUCCUGGCCCACUUGUUGUGGCCAAGGGACAUCUCCACCCACCUGUCUGUCAGCAGGAAGAGACGGUGCCCCAGCCCUCCUGUGCAGCUCCGCUGGUGGGGAGUCUGAAAAGGAAAGAUAAUGGAAAAGGCAACGAUCCGGUAGCAGAGGUGAAACAGGAAUGGUGGGAUUUCAAAAGGAGGGCUUCUUAAAGAGCAGCACAUCUCAGGGGAGGGAUCAGCUGCCAGUCCAAGUGGCAGAUGUCACUGGGGAGCAAGAUGGGGAGGUUCCUGGAUCCUCGGGGCAAGCCAGCCAUCACCGAGGGAGCUCGCUGUCCACGCCGGCCGAAGAACAGGAAUCCUCGGUGCCUGCCUCUGACGAAGACUCGCCAGCCAGGACCACAGAGAGCUGGCAGUGGCCGCUGUCCUCGUCUGAAACGCACAGCAACGUUGGGGAGGAUUUUGAGGGAUUUCAAACGCCGGUGCGGACUCCGGAGUGCACCAUGGACAUACAGUCUCCCGGGGAUCAGUCACUCAGUAGGACUCCUCAGUUUGAAAGUGACUCUCCUGAGGAGGAGGGAAAUGAUGAGAUGAAUGAAGAGCGCUGCGGUGUUGAGCCUGUCCCUAGGGAUCGGGGUUGGAGAGGGCAGCCCCAGCUAACAGAGGGAGAGAAGCUGUUGAUGGAAACCAACAGUAGGAUUGUGCAGCUGCUGGAAAAUAUCAAGAGGGAGCAUGCACAGUCCAUGGGUCUCAUGUCCCAGUCCAUGGGCCGUAUGGAGCUGCAGCUGGGCAUUGUGGCUACCUCCACAAGAGCCAUCCAUAACUACCUGUCAGAGAUUUUAGCUUUCCUCAAGCAGCCAAGGACGCAGGUCCUCGAAACACGCAUUUCCCAAAGAGCCACCCCCCAUGUCGAGUUGACAUGUGCCUCGACAUGGACUGGUGAGGACGCAGUGGCAUCCUCCACUGUGUGCUUACCAGGGGCUGAAGGGACGAGCGACUCUCGCGACCCGCCGCAGGCCACCCUGCCUUGUCGCAGUGGCCGGCUGCAGAGAGCCAUAACCGAGAGGGCCUCGCUGCCCAUGCCUCCACGCCAGGCAAAAGGGGGAGGGAAGAAAAAAUAACCACUCCAUAGGAUUUUUAGAGUUUUUUUUAAUGUGCCUGUCCUUUUAAUUCUUAGCCAUAAGGCCAUCGGUGGCAGAGUUCAACCAUUUCCUACAUUGGCUAACAUUGUAUUCUGGCUGACUAGAUUAGUCUAACAUUUUGUAGUUUAUAUUUGCACUGUUAACGAUGUGUGCUGCUGGUAUUUGAAGAACAUUUGCCUCUGUUCUUUCACUUUAACUUCAUACGAGCAUUUUUUUACUCUGUGCCAGGCAUUCAUUGCUUUUCUUACAAAUACAAGUCAUUUCUUGA